AUGGCUGAAGUGCAGGAGCUAGUUGGCUUCUUACUCUCGCCGCGACCAGAGGUGCAGCGCAUGGCAGUGGGCAUUGUAGCUGGCCUAACCGGCUCAGACGAGGGUCUCAGCAAACUGCUGCCAGAGGCUGACGUCAUAGCCGCUGCUCUGCUGCCACUGCUCUCAGCCAACAAGGAAAUAUCCCUCCCAUCCGCUCAAGCCCUGGUGAACCUAUCUCAGCACGACGUGGCAGCGAAGGCUGUGAUUAAAGCGAGGGGCGUGGAGACAGCAGGAGGGAUGGCCGUGGGGCGCGGGGGAGCAGCAGGGGGGGGAGGAGGAGGAGGGAAGGGGAAGAAUGCAGGGUUGAUGGUGAUGCUGCUCGCGAAUCUGACUCAGCUGGACGAAGGAGCCGAGAAGCUUCUUGAGGUGAGAAUUAUGGGGGUUGGUGAGAAUAGGGGAGCAGGAGGAGGAGAAGGGGGGGAGGAGGAGAAGGGGAGGAGGAGGAGAAGGGGAGGAGGAGGAGAAGGGGAGGAGGAGGAGAAGGGAGGAGGAGGAGAAGGGGAGGAGGAGGAGAAGGGGAGGAGGAGGAGAAGGGGAGGAGGAGGAGAAGGGGAGGAGGAGGAGAAGGGGAGGAGGAGGAGAAGGGGAGGAGGAGGAGAAGGGGAAAACCGAGGGCCCAGUGGGUCCGUGCCUCUCCUCGCCUCGCUCACAAGGCGAUUCGCUACGAGUGCCGACAGGGAGGAGUGGCAGGAGGACGAGUACGAGCAUGUGGCCACCAUUCCCCUGUCAAAGCUGCUCUGUUGGAAGUAUCCAGGAAGAUGCAAUUGCAACCCAAGAAGUCCCCCCUCCCUCCUCCCCCUCACCCCCUCUCCCCCACCUUUUCCCCCACUUUCCCCCCUCUCUCUCCCCCUCUUUCCCCUUUGCCUCCAGCCCAGUGGGUCCGUGCCUCUCCUUGCCUCCCUCACAAGGCAAUUUGCCAUGAGUGCCGACAGGGAGGAGGGGCAGGAGGACGAGUACGAGCACGUGGCCACCAUUCUAGUCAACGCCACGCGGCUGGAAGCUGCCAGGAAGCUGCUCCUGGACCCGGAAAAGAAGCUUCUAAGGCAGAUCCUGCCGCAAACGUCGUCUCCGAACCGAAACCGCAGUCAAGGAGCCAUGGCAACAGUCAGAAACUGCUGCUUCGACGCUAGUUCAGGGGCCCUGCCCUCACUGCUGCUCCUAGCUGACCUGCUCUGGCCGUCGCUGCUUCUUCCACUCGCUGGGACGAGAGAAUACAGCAAGGAGGACAGGGAGCAGAUGCCGCCAGAGCUGGCGGUACCACUAUCUAUGGAGCGACCUCCUGUGACCGACGGCAAGCUCAGGGCCGAUGCUGCUGAUGCUCUCUUCCUCAUUGCCUCUGAGGAGGCGGGCAGAAAAGCUCUGUGGUCCGUACACGGUGCAAGAAUACUCCAGGUGGGGUAUGAGGAUGAGGAGGAUCCAACGGUCAUGGAAGCCAUGGAGAGAGUUGGUUCCCUGGUGAGUGGACGGGGAUGUGAUGUGGUGGUAUGA